CGGGACUUGGAUCUUUCUGCUGGGAGGCUUUCCUCGUUUCGCAGACCAGGUCCUGGCUUUCUCUGGAGCAGAUCCUCCAGUGCCAUUGGCUUUGAGCUUUUCUUACCGUCAGAUUCCUCCCUUUUUCUGGGGAAGGUCCUUCAUUUGGAGCAAGAUCAAGAAGCAGGCAAUUUAGAGUUCUAGGAGAGUGUUUGGCGUUUUUCUUCAGUCAGGUCCUCCCUUUUUCUGGAGAAGGUCCUCCAUUUGGACUGAAAAGCCUGUGCAUUUUCCAUUUCCAGAGGAGCGUGUGGAGCUUGUCUUGGAGCCAGGUCCUUCGGGUUUCCGGAGAAGGUCCUCCAUUUGGAGCAGGACUCAGAAGCCCAUGCCUUGACCUUUCUGAGUUUUGGGUUUGUCCUGGAGAAGGUCCCUCCAUUUGGACUCAGAAGCAUGCGCUGACCUUUCGAGGAGAGAGGGCUGAGCCUUUUCCUGGAGAGGGUCUUCCCUUCGGGGGUUCUUCUGGGGGGGGGGGUCUGUCUGUCUGGCCAAGGUCUGGGGCUUCCUUUGGGGAGAAGCAGGAGCAGCAGAAGGAGCAGGAGCCCAGAGGAGAGCAGGCUCUGAAGGUAAGCCCCCAAAGGCCAGCCCUCCCUCCCUGGCCCCAGGGAAGCCCACCCCCCUCAGCUCUCCAGGGGGACCUUCCUCGGCUCCCCAUUGGCUCCUGGGGCUCUGACGUCACGGUCCGGGGGGGGAGUCACCCUGGGCGCCAGAGCCAGCAGCUGGGGAAGCUCGCGCAAAACAUGCUGGAGCUCCGGAGCCAGUGGAGGCGCCGGCGGCGGUGGCUGCAGCACCAGGAGCUGCAGGGGCUCCAACAGAUCGCCUUUUUGCUUCUCCGUCUUCUUCUUCCUCCUCCUCUUCCUCCUCUGGCUCCCAGAAGCCUGGAGCUGCCCGUUGCCUCCAUGCCACCCUCUUGGCUGCCCUAACCUGGCCCUUGGCUCUCCACCGGACAGCCAUGGGCGAUGAUGGAUGGCUCUUCCUAAGAGACAGCCUUCACAACUCCUCUGGGUCCCCAGCCAGCCCCAUUGGUGACCGCAGCAGCGCCAACACCUCAGCCGGCUCUUUCCCGCCUCCUGACACUGGGCCCCCGGGCCCCUCGGAGGAGCUCUCCCAGCAGUGGCUGGUGGGCAUGAGCCUCCUGAUGUCCCUCAUGGUGACCUUCAUCGUGGUGGGCAACGGGCUGGUGAUCACGGCCAUCGGGCGGACCCAGCGCCUCCAGACCCUCACCAAUGUCUUCAUCACCUCCCUGGCGUGUGCCGACUUGGUCAUGGGCUCGGUGGUGGUGCCCUUUGGGGCCACGCUGGUGGUGAGGGACUCCUGGCUGUGGGGCUCCUUCCUCUGCGAGUGCUGGACCUCGGUGGACGUCCUCUGCGUGACGGCCAGCAUUGAGACCCUGUGCGUCAUCGCCAUCGACCGCUACCUGGCCAUCACCUCUCCCUUCCGCUACCAGAGCCUCAUGACAAAGAAGCGCGCCAAGGGCAUUGUCUGCAUCGUCUGGGCCAUCUCGGCCUUGGUCUCCUUCUUGCCCAUCAUGAUGCACUGGUGGAGGGACACGGACCCUGAAGCCUGGAAGUGUUACAACGACCCCGGUUGCUGCGACUUUGUCACCAACCGGGCCUAUGCCAUCGCUUCCUCCAUCAUUUCCUUCUACAUCCCCCUCUUUGUUAUGAUUUUUGUGUACAUCAGGGUCUACCGAGAAGCAAAGGAGCAAAUGAAGAAAAUCGACAAAUGUGAGGGGCGGUUCCACAACAAUCAUCAGCAACAGCAACACCAGCCAGGCCACCAACACCUGCCUAUCAUGGGCAAUGGCCCAGCCACCAGGAGGAAAAACUCCCGCAUCCUAGCCGUACGGGAGCAGAAGGCCCUCAAGACACUGGGCAUCAUCAUGGGGGUCUUUACUCUUUGCUGGCUACCCUUCUUUUUGGUCAAUGUGGUCAAGGUCUUCAACAGAGGGCUAGUUCCGGAUCAACUCUUUGUUUUUUUCAACUGGUUGGGCUAUGCCAACUCUGCCUUCAAUCCCAUCAUCUACUGCCGGAGCCCUGAUUUCCGCAAGGCCUUCAAACGGAUGCUAUGCUGCCCGAGGAAAGCAGACCGGAGACUGCAUGCCAGUACGGGGGAGCUCUCCCGUUACCCCGGGGGCUUCAUUAGUACACUAGGAAAUACAGCUCCAUGCACUCUUGGAGGGACAUGGUCUGAGUACAAUGGUGGUGCCCAAGAUGGAAGUGACUCCAGCUUAGAGGAAAGGAAUAGUAAGACCUCCUAUUCAGAAUCAAAAGUAUAAGGGCAGUUGGUAGGCAGGAUCAGAGGUCAUGUUCAAUCCUGUGGAUCAGGAAGGGGAGCCAAAAAAUGAUAAUAGGCAGAACAAAAAAGGAAGGAAGGAAUUCCCCAGGAGGAUGGCUAUUGUACAAAACACCAGACUGACUUGUCAUCAUGGGGAGAUGUUUUUAUUUAUACGAGGGGGAAAGCAGGUGAACUUGGCUGCAGAAGAACCUCUCCUGAAUAAUCUGAAAUGGAAGCAAACGGAGAUCAUCCGACCACUGAACAAAAGAGAUUAAGGAUCCACCUCCCCACCACCUCCAAGCAAUUUGGAUUAUUAGUAUUUACACAGCAGAGAAGUGUGACAAGAAGCAGAGGGGGGGGGGGUAUGAGUAAGUUUGAAGGAGAUGGCCAAAAAAAAAAAAAGGCUUGGGAAGAGCUGAACUUGUAGCAGACACUUAGGCUGAAAGUCACUGAAGAAGGUGGCCAGGGUGUGUGUUCUUCUGUUGAUACGGAAGGAAACAGAAUCAAGCCCUUGGUGGUCUGACUGAAGACUAUGUUCUUUUUUUUUCACCUGUUCUUUUCAAUAAUCCCAGGAACUUCAGUAGCACAAAAAAGUAGCCUGUUUAUAUAUAUAUAUAUCUAAAAUUUUUAAUAAGAAGUGCUGGUCACCUAUAUAAAUCCAUUGAUACCAGCGUCGAUUUCAUGCAGGCAGUCAACACCUUUUGCAAAACCAUGCUAAAAGUCUCUUUUAAUAAGCUGUUGGGGGGGAAAAAAGGAUCAUGGUGAGUUUUACCAUGCUGUCUUGAGCCUAUACAUAUUUAGUCAGAAUUGAGUUUGAUGGAAGUUACUACCAAGUGAGUGUGCAUUAGUUUUCAGCCUUAAUAACCUGGUGGCCAUAUACUACUUAACAUCCUAGGAGAAAAUGAAAAAUCAGUAAUAUUGACAUGAUUUGUGUUUUAAUCAAAUAUCACCUGUUUCUAAUCCAUAUAUCCCAUUGAGGCAUGGGGAGGGAGGGUGGAAGCUGAAGGUGCAUUUUUCUUGUCCUAUGAGACAAUCAGGCUACAAAACAUCUACCUCGAGCUGUGCAUAUUGUACAGGGGAAAAUGUGUUUAUAUUAAACAGCUUAUUUAUGUAUUGUUAGUUAGAGGUUUGUAUUGUUUUCAACAGAAACAGGAGCAUCUAUCCUCUUGCAAUCCGUUAUUUCACGCUGAAAGGUGAGACGGGAAAUUGGCCUAAGAGCAUCAGAAAUGUUACUGCACACUUGAAAAGAAAGAGAGAGGUCUUUCUUUUGCACAGUGUUAACAAAGUUUGUUGCGUAGUUAUGUGCGCUCUCUCUCCCUCUUCUCUCUGUCUCUCUCUCUCUCUCUCACACACACACACACACACAUUCACUGGAAAACAAAGAUUUCAAAACAUCAAAGCCCCCAGUUUGAUUUCUUUUAUUUGCUGACAGGUUACUAUUUUAUUUUGUUUUAUUUUUUAAAGCAUUUUAUAAUUAUUUAAUUGAGGUACAGUAAAUAUAUUUAUAUUAUAAAUGAGUGUCUUCUAACUUUUUUACUGGGUUUUUUUUUUAAUGCCCAGGAGCCCAUGUGAACCUGUUGGGACUUUAGCACUUCACUGUCAUCCCCCAUUUCCCCCUUCACGGGUGUGUGUGCGUGUGUGUGUGUGUGUGUGUCUGUACACUAGUGUAUGAGAGAGUAUGUGUGCAUUUUUAUAAUGUAUUUAUAUUUUCUGGGUGCAAUUUACUACUGUAUGUCAUUGGUCUAUGUGCAAUAAAUACCACUGCAGCACAAGUAAGCCUGUUUACAAAGUGUAUCUGUAGGUACAGUACAGAAACAAUAGCCACUACUGAUGGGAAAAGCAGAGUCUGUUUUGCUGAAAAUAUGGAUCCUAUUACCAAUACUGCUCAACUUAAUGUUUUUUCCUGACACAGCUAUCUUCCUUUAAGUAAGAAAAAAAAUACUUGCUGUACCAAAUAAGGUAGUGUUCCUGUUAGAUGGUAAGCUGCUGACUUCCCUUAAAAUUCCUGGGCCAAAAGCAAGUUUGCUUCCAGUCUGGCUAUAAAUACAUCAACUACUUUUCUGUGAUGGAAGUCACUCAGCAUCUCUUUGAAUCUGCUUUGAUAGGAGGGAAAGACCAGGUGACCGGAGACUAAAUAUUGAAAAUGACAGACAUGUGGAGAAACUAAAUGUUAUGAAAGUUUAUUGUGCUUUGGGAUGCAGAAAACAUAAAUCUCUUACCCAUUAUUAACCCACAAUUUUGGAAUCAGUUUUUGUGGUCAGACUGAGGGAUUUUUGCAAAUUGCAGACUGAAUCUCAAUGAAUGCUGGAGAAAGUUUAAUUCCCAUGCAAGUGAGAUAAUACCACUUAAAAAUGACAGUACAUUUUCAGAUCAUUUUCUAUAACUGUGAAUUAACUAUUGUGGACUAAUAACGUUAAAAGAAACUACUCCUAAGGAGGAGAUUUUUUAACAUAUUACUCAGGGAAUG